CCCACCUUCCCCGCGCCGCGCCCCCGUCUUCCUCCUCCCCCCGACACACCUCUUUAACUCGCCUCCGCUUCCAAAAAAUUCUCCGGUUAAUUUAAUCCAGACGAGGAACCUCCCCGCCCCGGAUCUCUCCCCCGCGAAUCCCCAGGCCCGCUCGCCGGCCGGCCUUCCCCCCGCGAUCGGCUCCGCCUACGUCCCCGGCGGGAGGUUGACUCGACUCGCGCGUUGCGGCGGCGGCGGUUCCCUCGCCGCCACUCGGCUCGGGGGCUCGUCGGUUCGGCGGUCGCUUUCGGUGCGGUCCGAUCGAGGCCAGCGGUGCCGGGGCAAUGCGGUCGGUCCGCGGGGCUGCUUGAGGCGCGCGGCUGGGAUCUGGGCGUGGAAGGUGCGGGGGCGCGAGCGGAACUUCUGUCGGUGGGGAGCUCUGGUGGUGGGUGUAGUGUAGCGCUCGUUUGACUGGCGGGAUGGAGCAGGUGGUCGGGGGGAAGUUCAAGCUCGGGAAGAAGAUCGGGAGCGGCUCCUUCGGGGAGCUCUACCUCGCCGUGAACGUGCAGAAUGGUGAAGAGGUGGCCGUCAAACUGGAAUCAGUGAAAUCACGGCAUCCGCAGCUUCACUAUGAAUCAAAACUGUACAUGCUUUUGCAGGGUGGAACUGGGAUCCCACAUCUGAAGUGGUUUGGGGUAGAGGGGGAGUACAAUGUCAUGGUGAUUGACCUGCUUGGUCCAAGUUUGGAGGACUUAUUUAAUUACUGCAGCAGAAAGUUCUCCCUCAAAACUGUACUAAUGCUUGCUGAUCAGAUGAUCAGUAGAGUUGAGUAUAUGCACACAAAGGGGUUUCUACAUCGUGAUAUCAAGCCUGAUAAUUUCCUCAUGGGUUUAGGACGUAAAGCAAACCAGGUAUUUGUCAUCGACUAUGGCCUUGCGAAAAAGUACCGAGACCUCCAAAGUCAUAAGCACAUACCAUACAGGGAAAACAAAAAUCUCACAGGGACUGCGCGAUAUGCCAGUGUAAAUACCCAUCUUGGAGUAGAACAAAGCAGGAGAGAUGAUCUGGAAUCUCUUGGUUAUGUGCUGAUGUAUUUCUUAAGAGGAAGUCUUCCUUGGCAAGGUCUGAAAGCUGGCACAAAGAAGCAAAAAUAUGAUAGAAUCAGUGAAAAGAAAAUGCUAACGCCAGUUGAGGUCCUCUGUAAAUCAUAUCCAACAGAGUUUACUGCAUACUUCCAUUACUGUCGAUCCCUACGAUUUGAAGAUAAACCGGAUUAUUCCUAUUUGAGGAGAGUCUUCCGUGACUUAUUUAUCCGCGAAGGGUACCAACUAGAUUAUGUAUUUGACUGGACCAUUAUGAAGUAUCCUCAAUUUAGAGAUAAAAGCAAACUUCAGUCUAGCGGCAAGGCAAGUGGGUUGGCAGGCCCUUCUGCAGAACGGACUGAGAGAACUGCAGGUAUUAAAUCUUUUAGCAGGAAAUCAUUCGGUGAAAUUUGCUACCUAAAACUUUUGUAUCAACAACUGGCACACGACAUCCCUGACAGAUUAUUUUCUGCAGCUGAAGCUUUGUUUAGAACUGGAUCCGGUUCUGGUCACAAUAGAGAACACACCAAGCACAAAAGUCUUCUAGAGUCCUUGAUGCCAUCCAAGGCGGCUGUUGAUUCUGAUAAAACAAGGCCAGCAUCAUCAUCACGCAAUGGAAGCACAUCAAGAAGAGCCAUCCUUUCAUCAAGCAAGCCAAGCUCCUCUGGAGAUCCAAGUGACCCAAACCGCACGGGCCGCAUAGUCUCGAGUAGCAGCAGCCGCCCAUCAGCUACUGCCCAAAGGGCGCACCAUUUGGGAGGAGCUGAGAUCAGGUCCUCGUCUUUAUCAAAAAUCGGUAGGUCUUCACAUGAUGACGCUGUCAGGAACUUCGAGCUGCUCUCAAUCGGCGUUGACAGGAGAAAAUAAGAACUUGCGAAAUGGGCUAGGGUCUCGAGUCUUGACGCUGGAAGAUGAGGACGGAGUGCUGGGGUGGUGUAAUGACUUAUGAGCAGGCAGCCCCAGGAUUGUAUGCUGAAAAUAUUCUUUUUCGAAAUAAAAGAGAUUAUUUAACUUAUGAGAUUAUUUUCCCAGAGCUGUGCUGCUCCAAUCUAAUAGAAGAGUUAAGCAGCUAAGCAUGCUGUUCUACAUCA